CCUACUUAUUUGUCUUCAGCAGGGUUUGGCCAUGCUGUAGGCAUCAUCAUCAGAAGAAGGUAGUGAGGUAUUGAAGAGGAAGUGCAGCGCGAUGGCCUCCACCGUCGCGGUUCUUGUGCUUCUGUCUGCGUGUUUAUUCACGGUCACAGUCGGUUUUGGUGAUGACUGUAGAAGCUACAUCACCAGCAGUAACGAGUACAAGCACUCGAUUAGCUGCGGCAACAGUAUUUGGCUCCAGCACUGCUGUGGGACCUGCGAUCACAGAUUCUGCUGCUCCAGUGAACGUUUGAAGUUAUCCAAUCAUGAUCAAAACAUGUGCAAUAUCAAAGGCGGUGCUCUUGCCCUCAUUGUGUCAGUAGUAGUGGGGACUGUGGUCAUCAGCACUGUGUUCAUCAUCUGCUGCUGCUGCCCCUGCUGCUGUAUCUAUAAAAUGUGCAAAAAACCCACACCUGUGGUAGGAACGCAUGUAACGACAGUCAUGAAUACUCAAUGCAUUCAGCAGCCUGUCGUGCAGGGAGCUCAGUAUCCAGCAUACCAGCCUGUGCCGACUCAACCGGGCUACGGCGGUCAGCCUAUGCAGACGGGACCAUAUCAGGGACAGCCAUACGCACCAGGACCCCCACCCCCAUAUCACACAGUCGCGAGCCCUGGAUAUCCCAGCAGUCAGGCUGCAUAUGCCGGAAGUCAGGCCAUGAACCCCAUGCAGCCGCCUGCGCAGCCCGGUACCGCUUAUCUGCCCUCAGACGAAUUCAGUCAGCCGGCCUAUAACCCCGCCUACAUGCAGCCACCGAAGACUGGUUACUAAACCACAAGUGUCUGUCACAUCAGUCAUUGUUGGAUUGUGGAAGUUGACGCAGUUUCACACAUUGUACAAGACUAGUGAAUGUGUUUUUGUUUUGAGUUAUUUCUGGUUUUUUCAGUUUAGUUUUGGCUCUGUGACACUUUAAAAGUAAAGUUGUAGAUAAAACAAAGAUUGGUGGAAUAAGUUUUAAAAAUUUCAGUCUAUAUAAUUUUCAAAAUUUCAUGUUUAUUUCAAUGUUAUUUGCCAUUUCUUUGUGAUUAAUUGUGAAAUUUUUACUAGCGUUUUUACGAGUGAACAUUUUUUCGACAAAUUUUUUUUAGUAUAUUCAGUGUUUUCUACUUUCAGUAUUAAUUUUUCUAGUAUUAGUAUAGUAAUAUUGAACUGUAUAAUAUCUUUGAUAGAAUCUGAUAUACUAAAAAGACUAAAAUCUACUUGGUAACACUUUACAAUAAGCUUCAUUAGUUAUAACUAUAUGAACUCAUAAUGAACUGCACUUCUGCAGCAUUUAUUCAUCUUUGUUAAUGUUAAUUUCAGCAUUUACUAAGACAUUAUUAAAAUCAACUACGAACAGCUGUAUUUUUUAUUAACUCACGUUAGCAAAGAUGAACAAAUACAGUAACUAAUGUAUUACUCAUGGUUAGUUCAUGUUAAUACAUUAAUGUUUAACUACUGAACCUUAUUGUAAAGUGUUAAAACUUUAUAAAACUAAAUAACUGAAUAAAACUGAAAGUCUAUAAGUCUAUAAAGUCUCAAAAAUCUAUAUGUAUGGAUAUAACUUGUGGAGUACCACAGGGAUCGGUCCUAGGUCCAAAACAUUUCAUAAUGUAUAUUAAUGAUAUUUGUAGAGUAUCAAAUAUAUUAAAAUUUAUUUUAUUUGCUGAUGAUACAAAUAUUUUCUGUUCUGGGGACAAUUUAAAGCAGAUUUUGGAGGCGAUAGCAAAAGAAAUGAUUAAAUUAAAACGGUGGUUUGAUGUAAAUAAAUUAUCAUUAAAUAUAGCUAAAACAAAGAUCAUGUUAUUUGGAAAGUAUACUCAACCUGAAGUAGAAUUGAAAAUUGAUAAUAUCAGUAUAGAAAGAGUCUAUGAAAAUAAAUUUCUUGGUGUUAUUUUAGACCACAAAAUCAGCUGGAAACCACAUAUAAAACAUAUUGAAGCAAAACUGGUAAAGACUAUAGCAAUAUUAAAUAAAGCAAGAUAUAUUCUGGA